AUAAACAUGUUUCAUGAUAAUAUUUUUAUUGAUAAUAUUAUUAAAAAGGAUAUAGACCAUUUUAAGUACCGACAGGUGUCAUGGAACCCAGAAUUUUAAAUAUUUUCAGCAUUUAUUGCAUUUAUUACCGAAUAUCGACAAACAGAAGAAUGGAUACCUAAAUACUCGAUAUUUUUGGGCUAUAUCGAAAACAGCAGUAUCGACAGUGCCCAUCCCUAACUAAUAUCAAAGCAUAAACAUUUCUUCUUUCGCGCCAGUAUUACUCCCAUAACUCCCCUGUUUGCAUAUUGUACUUCUCUAGUUUGUUACAUUAACCAUAGGCACCAUAAGCCAGUCAGGUAAAAUAGUUCCUAAUUUAAAAUGUCAGCUUUGGACGAAAUCACCGGCAAUGAAUCUAACAUGUCCGCGACCGCCCAACAGAAGGCAACCGAAAAAGCUAAUCGUCAAACAAAUCCGAUGGUUGACUAUCCCGAAUUCUUGAAGUACAGCACCGACGAUGGAUGUGAAUUCGAUCUAUACUGUAGACGAAAAGCGGAUAUGGACUCAAAAAUGCUGAAAUGGGCUUUUAAACUGGCAGAAAAAAAUGUGGGACCGCAAUACAAAACCUGCAGCCUGGGCUGGCAGCCCAAAGUUAAACAGUCCGAUUUGAAUAAGAAUUGGGCCCGGUACCUGGUGGCUGUUGAUCGAAAAUCUAAGAAACCUGCUGCAUAUUCAAUGUUCCGGUUUGACUUGGACUACGGGCGGUGUGUUCUGUAUUGCUAUGAGAUGCAGGUCGAUGCAGAAUACCAGCGUAAGGGACUGGGAGGUUUCAUGAUGCGGGCUCUUGAGAAAAUGGCUCAGCAUUACGGAAUGGAGCGGCUGGUUCUAACGGUGCUAAAGAACAACGAGGAUGGUAUGAGAUUCUACAAACAGUUAGGAUAUGACAUUGACGAAACAUCUCCAGACAAAGCCGACAAUGCUGCCUAUGAAAUAUUGAGUAAAUCAAUGUUGUAGUUGUAGUGGUUUUAUUGAUUGUAUUAAAUCUAAACAAGGUAAAUUAAGAGUAUAAAUUUCAAAA